CAGUCGUUGCCAACAUAUAUUUUGUCAUUUAUUUUUUCUCAAAAACAACGCCUUCACAUCUUUCGCUCCCUUGUUCAAGAUGAGCUACCGAAAUACGUCUGCUUCAGAGGAGGAGGCGAUUGACCAUAUGGUCGAGUUGCUCGAUCGUUUGCCAGAAGACCCAACCGAGGAAGGCUACGACGUAGACGAAUUCCCUCUAGUAGCUCGAGAACUGUUCCGUGUCUUCCGUGUCUUCGAGCACCUUUCGAUACAUCCGACGCUGUUACCAUUCCAUCGUCUUUUGUCUGCAGGCCUAGAGUUGCCCGUGAUCAGCGAAUUCUGCGAUUUGUGUCCAGACCUUCGGAGCGCCUUGGGAAUGCGAAACAACUGCCAAUGCACCGCUCUGCACGAUGCGUGUCUGUAUAGUCCUGAUGAUGUUGUCGUUUUCCUGGCCGUCAAGAGAGCCGAUCUCUUGGCCAGGAAGAGCGAUCACGGUUUUCUUCCUGUUCAACUGGCCAUGUUGAACCCACAGAUCUCCGAGACGACGCUCUUGACGUUAGUCGAGCUCUUUCCCGGUACCAUGAACAGUCCGGCAACUUGGCAAUUCGCUCUUUUGGAGCCAAAGAGCGACUUUGAAAUCUAUUACCGAAUCCCUCCUCAAUUCUUUGCAUCAAUGUUCCUUGCUUCAGGACUGGAUCGCCUGAAAAUCGACACUGCCAGUCGCGAGGUGGUGCACUUGCGAGAACCUUUGUUAGGCGUACCAGGCAGCUUGGUGCUGUGCACACUGCUCUCGACUUCGCGAGUCACCUAUCUGAAACUGAAAAUUUGGGGCUGGAAAAGUAAGGAGGCAUUCCUUUGCCUCCUGACAGAGUUAAAGACAAAUCAGUCUGUUCGCAACAUUGACGGAUUGACGAUCUCUUCGCUGGCCGACGCUCAGUCAAGAGAGGAAGUGUUUGACGCGUUUCAAGCUUUUUUGCAGACCAAUACGUCUGUUCAGAAAAUGACGCUUGAUUUUACUGAUGUUCGCAGUGACAGCGAUGUCGAGGCGUGGUUCAAGGUUGUAUGUAACGGACUCGAGAACAAUCGGUCGCUUCAGAAGUUCGAUGUAACUCAGUCAACUCCCGGAGUCUCGCCCAGAGCCUGCCUUCGUUUGCACAGGGUAUGGAGGAAAACAGCGACACUAGCCUGGGUUCAAAUGCUCCAGAAUCACAAUGAAACACUCUCGUCUCUACCUCCUUGGAUGAACAAAGCGACGCAAGUUGCCUUCUACACUGAGUUAAACAGGCAUGGCUGCCGUCGCAUUGCCAGAAGUGCGAAUCUCUCCGACAUGACUGAGUUGCUGCUACGACUGGAACGCGCUAGUACCGGUACCAGUAAACGGCUUAAGAGGUUGGCCAGGAGCUGCGGACUUAGCAACAGUGCCUUUUCACUAAGCAUUCACUUUGGGAUACUGCGAGAGUGGCCUGAAAAUUGGUGCAAUGUUCAGAAUGCCAACCAAAUCGGUGCGAUCAAGCGUCGGAAGCGCAAGGCUCCGUCUUCGUAGAGAUCGUGGCAGGGCACCUUUCAACAAAGAGCUCAGCGGCUUUUGAUUCGUGGAAUCGAAUCUACAAAUGGUAUUCGAUGCCUUUAUGCUUCGUCGGAAGAAUGAUUGGAUCUGCGUUUGGCUGGAGCGUGGCUUUCAUGCUUGGGACAGUGAACAAAAAGAUGAAAGCUGAGAGAGAGAGAGAGAAGAAGAAGAAUUCAACUUGUGCGCAAUUGCCCACGAAGGAUUGGGUUUACCGCAUACCGGUAUGUACAGCAAGACACAAGAAGAUAUUACAUGUAUUGAAGUACUAUACAACGUUAAUAGUUCAGCCUUGCAUUCAAUGCAUUUGCAACCAAACCAAACGCUCUUUGUCGUCUGACAAGUGUGAUUGAAUUCGUCGAUGGUCCUUUCUAACUGCUUGCUUGCGUCCACACAUCGUACGGUAGCUAGAAAUCACCAUAGUCUCCUCCAUAAUCAGCACCUGCACCAUA